ACGCGCUGCAACAGGCUCUCUCGUGCAUUUGCUUUCCUGCUCGCCACCAGCAGCGAUGGGCGCUGGCGGGCUCGAUUAAAGGGAGAGAAGUGGGGUUGUUAAAACAAAAACAACAACAACAACAACAACAACAACAGAACAUUUUCACGCCACUGAAUUGCGGUCUAUCUGUUUUUGGACAAAGAGGAGAUUGGGGAAGACGCGAAAGCUGCUACAGAGCCCCCACAACUAACUGCGCAGUUCGGACGUUUAAAAACCCCUUAUUGAAAUGUUUGUGUUUCUACGCCGGGUCGGAGUGAAAUAGUCCAUCUGGGUGACACUUUAGCUGAACUAAAGUUGUGAUUUGUGAGCGCGUUUUUUCGGGGGACAAGCGGGCGCCAUGGCUCUCCUUCACUUGCUCCUGUGCGCCGGGAUGUUGUCGCCGCCGAUGUGCGGAGCCUUUUUCAACGGACCCCUACAUCCGGAGAUGUCCAACGGCACCUUCCACCACUACUUCGUGCCGGACGGAGACUACGAGGAGAACGACGACCCGGAGAAGUGCCAGAUGCUCUUCAAAAUGACCGACGACCGAAAGUGCGGUGCCGACGAGGACCAGGACUCGGUCAUACGCGACGACUUCACCAUCAUCAAGAGGCAGAUCGAGGACUCGGCCAGGGUGCUGGAGGGGAUCGGGAAAAGCAUCUCGUACGACCUGGACGGAGAGGACAGCUACGGGAAAUACUUGCGGAGGGAGACGGCGCAGAUAAGCGAGGCGUUUACAAACUCGGAGAAAUCUCUGCUGGAGCUGGAGGUGAAAUUCAAGCAGAGCCAGGAGGGCGAGCUGAAGGAGGAGCACCGGCUCAACGACGACUUUCUGAACAUGGUGGUGCACACGCGGGACGUCCUGAAGGAGACGUUGGACAUUUCUCUGGGACUGAAGGACAAGCACGAGCUCCUGUCCCUGAUCAUCCGCAGCCACGGCACGAGACUGAGCAGACUGAAGAACGAGUACAUGAAGUUCUGAGAGAAAGCAGUCCCCUACGAGUCUCGAUACAGUGGCCUCUCUCUCACUCUUGAUUUCACAGGUCGGUUAUUUCCUGAUAAUUUAUUGAAGGUUUCCUGGAAAGAACCGCGUAGUUUUUGUACCAAUUGCAGGAAAAACAGAGAGUUCUGGGACUGUUGGUUCAAUCGGUUGCGUGGAGUUUAUUCACCAACUUCCAAUGAAUAUUUAUUACCCGUUCAUUCCUUAUUGGAAACUUUAUCCCUCCUAUGUGCUGAAUUAUAAUUAAUUAAUUGGUACCAAAUUACACGGUUAUUUCCGGGAAACUUCUUAGGAGAUAAUUUGGAAAUAAACUGGAAUGUACGGCCCAUAAAAUCAAAGAUUACCCUAUUUUAUUUUAUUAUUAUUAUUAUUAUUAUUAUUAUUGUUAUUAUUUUUUAAGUUUUAUGGUUGAGUGUGACCAUGAGGCAGAGGCAGGGGUGAAAAAAAUUGCAUCAGGGAUAUAAAAAUCAAAGCUUCAACUAAAUUACAGGAUGAAGAAACAACUUUUAAAAGUGAAAGAAGUAAAUACAACUGCGGCAGCAAACAGAAAUUCAAAAUCAGCUGUUCUUCAAAUGUUAAUUAACUGUUACUGAAGAGUUAACUGUUAAAAGAAGAGCUACAGUGGCGUGUCCAAAAAUCUGGGAACCCCACUAAGUCGGUACCUAGUACCUCCCACUUUACCAGCUGAUAAGCAUGGGGGUGGAAAGACCUUACUUUGGGGUUGUGUGGCAGCCAAGUGGCACAGGAAACACUGCACGGGGAGAGGGUAGAAUGGAUGCAAAUGUCCUGCAGUCAGUAGAGGAACUGAAAGUGGGGAGAGGCUGGCUUCUACAAAAGGACAGUGAUCCAAAGCAGAGCUCAAACUGAAACAAAAAGUUACGGUAUAUUAACAUUUGAAGAAAGGCUCAUUUUUUUGUUGUCUGU